AUGAAACUGAAAAUGCCCGGCGGUGAUGACAAAUCCUUCAUCAAAAAAGGCUCUUUAGUUGAAGUGAGAAGUGAUUCAGAUGGGUACAAAGGUGUUUGGUACGUGGCCAAAGUAUUGGAGCCACCAUCACCACCACGAUUGACACCUUCUCCUCCCAACAAAAGGACUAAAAAUGUUCAUAUAGAGUACCAAACUUUGCUACGUGAUGUUGGCUCUGGAAAGGCAUUAACUGAGUACGUUAACUCCUCUUUUGUGAGGCCUUUGCCUCCAAACGAUGAGCAUGACCUUCAAGUCAAUGAUUUUGUUGAUGCCAUGUCUCUUGAUGGGUGGUGGAUUGGUGUGGUUGUGGAAAUAAACCAGGAGCAAACAUUUUCUGUGUAUUUUGAGAACCCACCUCAGUUGCUUCAUUUUAAGCGUCAUGAGUUGAGGCCUCACUGGGAUUGGGAAGGAGGCAAAUGGAUCCGACCCCAAAAGCAGGUGGCCAAGAUCAGCAGUCGGGUUCUGCGCCGGCGGAAGGUAUUCAAGUUCUUGAAGUUUGUUUUUGUUGGGUUUCAUUAUGAAGAACAGUCACCCUGCAGCGGCACUGCUAAUCCUGAAGAAACUGAUAUUGUGGCUAAUUGCAAGAAACUAAAAUCGAUAGCAAAGAAGAAAGGUCGCCCUGGCUGUUUGAAAAGAAAGAGAGGAGAGCGACAAAAAACAUCGGCUAUAGGUACACAAACUCUAGCUGUUGAUGUACUUGUUUUGAAGGACUAUGAUAGUACUGAUGCUGAAUCACCUAUAAGUACUGGAAAGUCUAAACGUACAAAGCAUGAUGGAGUCGGAGAAGAUGUUGAUAAAUUGUUAUUAAAGUAUCACGAGAUUGAUGAUGGAUUAUCAACAGAAAACAUGGAAGAAUCUAAAGUUAGAAAGCAUGAUGGAGCUGGAAGUUCUGUUAAAAAAUUUGCUUUCAAGGAUCAUGCAAUUGAUGCUGAGUCGGCUAAAAACACAGGAGAUUUUGAAGGUACAAAGAAUGAUGGAGCUGAAGGUGAUGCUGAUAAUAUGGUUUUAAAGUAUCCUGUGAUUAUUGAUGCUGAAUCACCAACAAAUGCAGCAGAAUCUAAAGAUGAGAAGCGUUAUGAAGCUAGAGUAGCUGUUAAUAAAAUGAACUUAGAGGAUUAUGCUAGUAAUGGUGUUGAAUCUUCUGAAAUCACAGGAGAGUCUACAGGUUCUAAAGAUGCAUCAGCAGAAAAAGCAGCUAACAUUUCUGAUACAGGUUGCAGUACGAGAGAAGCCGAGAUGGCCAUUGUACAGUUACCGGGCGACGUGGAUACUGCUGCUAAACCUACAUCAAUGUGGUUUGAUGGGUUAUGCAGUCGAAAAAUUCUGAUUGACUCAAGGUUUCUCUGUGGUAGGACUAUCAACCAGAACCAGAGGAAUAAGGCUAAAGGAAAACUAACUCAAAUUGUAAAGGAAUCUACCGCAAACGACUCAGCCGGUGAUAGAGUAAGAGAAAAGAAUCAGUGCUUCCCUGGUAUGGAGCUUUCAUCAAUGCGGAAAACUUUUUCUGAGUCUGUAGAAGUAUUGGAAACAAUGCCACAGAAGCCUCACUUCCAUCCUUUAAAACAAUGCAAAGAGAUGUUUCGCGAUGGAUUAGCAUUUGGUUACAUGAUAACUUUUGCCAAAGUGGUAAAGCGGACAUCUGAUUUACAAGUCAAUGACCCAAAGAGCAUCUUUGAUAGCAUUUCUGAAACUCUUCAAGACAUAGAAUUGCAUGGCUUUGACGUUCAGCCCAUACGGAAUCGUCUGACUGAGCUGCAAUUAAUGAAAGAUAGACAAGAACAGCUUCAAGAGGUUUCGAAAGAAUUUGAACAUCAGAUCUUAGACCACACUCAUGAGCAAAUGAAAAUCAACGCAGAGUUUGCUGAAGUUGUUGAAGGAAUGAAGUUAUUAGAAGAAAAGAAGAGAAAGAUUAUGUUACUUAUGCAACAAAAUGAUUCGAAGAUUACUGAACUGAAAUCAGAUUUGGAUGUUUGUAAGCAGGAUAUUCAGAAUGCUCAGCUUGAUUUUGAAAGUCUGGCUGCAGCUCCUUGGUGA